UUACUGUCUAGACAUAGACGCAACAUGGCAUUACAGUGAAUAAGAGCCUUACAACCUAAUGGACUUUAAAGGCCAUACCGUAUGCCUUGUACCGUAUAAAGGCAUCUCAUACAUAGUAAAGAACAAUAACCACAACUUCAUACAGAUCCAGUGCUGAUUAAAAGUCCUUUUCAUCAUUGUAAUUAAUAUUAUUUAAUGGCAGAAAAUGUAAAACUAUAUUUUUUGAAGACAUUUUUCAUUAUGUCUUCAGUUUUCUCCACUUAGAUACAAAACCAAGAGUUGAAUUCUAAAUGAGUCAAGAUAUUUAAUGGGUUAAAACACUACACGUUCACUCUCCAAAGCUGAUUUGUCUCUCUGUUGCCAAACUACUUCAUCUAAUCAGAUGAAUAAACAAGGUAUUAAUAGGUAAGGGUGUCCAGGAGGGGUAUAGGUCAGUCAAGGUAAAGAAGUGAGAGCUCUUCUCAGAAGAUAGAGCUUACGGGGUAACGUCACUCAGCCGCACUCUAGUGGUGUAUAUAUACAGGCCGCCACAGCAAGAUCAAUAUUAUAACGAUCAAAAGUCUUCACAGGCUCAGUCGUGAUUUCCUCCAAAAGCAGUGAGACCGAAGCUCAAUCAUGCUGGCAACCAGGACUUUGCUGUCAAAACAAACACUGGCUGCUCUUUCUCGGCAGCCUGCUUGCUACAUUCACCUCGGUGACUCUGGCAACUUGGGAAAUACCAAUGUUGCAGUGGUUUUCUCAGGAUGUGGCUGGUGGGAUGGGACUGAUGUCCAUGAGGGAGUAUACACCAUGUACCACCUCAGCCGGAACGGUGCCCGCUUCCAGAUGUUUGCUCCAAAUCAGCAGCAGAUGCAUGUGGUGGACCACGUGAGAAAGCAGCAGGCCUCUGGCGAGAACCGGAACAUGAUGGUGGAGUCAGCUCGCUUCAGUCAUGGCCAGGGAAUGAUGCAGAUGCAGGACCUGUCCAAGCUGGAUGUCAACAGCUUUGACGCUGUUAUCUUUCCCGGAGGCCAAGGCAUCAUCAAGAAUCUAUCCUCUUUUGCGAAGGACGGCAAAGACUGCAAGCUGCACAAUGAUGUGGAAAGGGUGCUGAAAGAAUUCCACCGUUCAAGCAAGCCUAUUGGACUGGCCAGCAUGGCUCCUGUGCUGGCCUGCCGCGUGCUGCCCGGCAUCGAGGUGACCAUGGGCUACGAGCGAGACGAAAACACUCGCUGGGGGAACUGGCCUCAUACAAACAUGGUGCAGGCUGUGAAGAGCAUGGGUGCACGCCACAGUGGCUGCGAGCCAUUUGAAGCCUGUGUGGACGAGAAGAACAAAGUGGUCAGCACCCCGUCCUUCAUGUGGGAAACGGAGUAUCACUAUCACUAUAUAUUUGAUGGUAUUGGCAAUAUGGUCAAACAUGUCAUGCGCAUGUCGACCAAGUGAGCUGAGACGACGAGCCUGAAAAUUCAAUAGAGGAAGUUGGUGUUUACGUCCAACCUACAUGUCUGUAUUGUGUUGUGAUGACUUGUUCCC